GCAAAACUCAAGUUCUUACAAAUUCCAGCAGUCAGAAAGUUUGUCAGAAGAGGCGCACUGAAUCCUUCAGAUACCACCAGAGCGACACCAGUCCCUGGACUGCAGCCUUUGGCCCCUCGUAGGACUAUAUAGGGACCUGGGAUCACAUCCAGGACUGCAGGUAGAGUUAAUGACCAAGAAUGGACAACAAGGCCAUGUAUCUGCAUACAUUUGAUGAAAAAGAGAACGGCUCAGUAUUCGAGGAGUCGUUCGAUGGGAAAAAUCUGUCAAAGAUGAAUCUCUGCGAAGCAUGUCCAGGAAAUGGAAGGAAAUCCCGCCGGUGUGGACAGCUGGGGUCUAUAGCAGCUCUGAAGUAUGCAGUGGUCGGUCUCUACUUACUGGUCUUUCUUAUCCUUGUUGGAGUGUUCAUCUUGGCAGUAUCAAGACCUCAAAGUGCCCCAGAAGAUCUAAAGGUGCUAACCAGCAAUGUCAAUCGUCUGAAUGAGAGCUACAGGGAUCUCCAGUUUAAGCUCAUGCAGCUCAGCUUCAAGGGAGACUUCAUGGACCAUAUCUGGAAGCUGCAGGACCUCUUCCAGAACCAUACAGACUCCUUGUUUCAGUUGACUGAAUCACUGCAGAAACUUGAGCAGAACCUCAAUGGGGUCCAAGACAUGGCCUCAAAGGCAGACACCAUGGUCUCAAAUCUUGGUGUUCGCGUAAACCAGAUCAGCGACUCUCACAAUUUAGACAUCUAUAAAUUAGCCACAAAAGUUAACAGCAGUCAAUAUGUAUGGAGUCGCCAUGACUCGAUGCUGAAGACAUUGACCGCUAAAGUUGAAGGACUUAAUGAGCAGAUAGGUGAAUUGAUGCUCACCUUAAAUGCUGUAAAUGGGACCUAUUCCUAUGAUAUAGGCAUCCAUCAUUCAAGGAUACAGGAACUUCAGGGUCUCAUAACUAAUGUAUCUGAAGACACCAGACAAACAAGGCUUCUUCAUAUAGUGAUGGAACAGCAGCUCAAGCAUGAGAUGGCUCUUAUCAAUAACGUGACCGAAGAUCUCCGGUUGAAAGACUGGGAACACUCAAUAGCCUUAAAGAACAUCACAAUACUUAGAGGUCCCGCAGGACCAAAGGGAGACCAAGGUCAUGAAGGAAUGGAAGGAGAACCUGGUGCUCCAGGGCUUCCUGGGUUCAGAGGCCUUCCUGGUGAAAGAGGUCUUCCUGGUCUACCCGGUCAGAAAGGAGAUCAAGGAGAUAUUGGGCUUCCUGGCAGUAUGGGUCUACGUGGACUUAAAGGUGACCGCGGGCAAAGAGGAGAGAAGGGCGAGAAAGGAGACCGAGGAGAAUUGGGGUCGGCUGAGGAGGGGGUGGUGCGACUGGUGAACGGAUCUGGACCCCACGAAGGAAGGGUGGAGGUGUACCACGACAAGCGCUGGGGCACCGUGUGCGACGACGGCUGGGACAAGAAAGACGGGGAUGUCGUCUGCCGGAUGCUGGGAUACAAAGGAGCGGAGGAGGUGUACAGGACGGCCAAAUUUGGUCAAGGUUCUGGACGUAUCUGGAUGGACGAUGUUUCCUGCAAAGGAACUGAAGAGUCCCUUCUACAGUGCAUGUUCUCCACUUGGGGCAAGACUAACUGCGGCCAUGCUGAAGAUGCCGGUGUGACCUGUAUCAAACAGUGAGCUGAGAGCAGAAGACACUGGAACGUUCGUCAUGAAGAUGUUCGAUCCAACCCCCACGUAGAGGGUUACGACAUCUUAUGUUCUGUGUCGUGACCUAAGCAUCACGGAGAGACCUUUCUAGACGAUUGGAUGAGACUUUGCAUCUUCAUUGUCUUCAGGCUCGUAAGGAAGGAAACUAAGACGUUCGCGCUUCCAAUUCCAUUUAUUGCAGUUGUUUAUGAAGCGAAAGAAAUAUUCAGAGGGGGCACAUUAUUAUUAUGUGGGAACACCAUGACCCGGCCAGUGGCUCCACAAUUUGGAGUGGUGUCUCCAGAUUUAUUAUAGUGGUAGCUGCCGAGUUCUAAUUAGGCACAAGUGGAGGCUGAGAUUCAGCCCCGACAAUUUGCCCCUUGUAUAUUGAGCAACUUUCAUAAAGUUUUACCAAAAAAAUCUUUCUGAGCAGAUAUUUACGUUACUCAUCGAUGAAAGUUUCUUUUAUGUUGCGCUUUUGUCUUUUUUUGAAUUCAUGUAUUUGAAACUAAUGGAAAACUAAGAAAUAGCACGACUAUAGUAGCUCAGGCAGGAAAGACCAUAUGGCCGAAAAGGGCUAAAAGGACGGCGGCCAUAUUGUCAUGGUACGGCUUUUAACAAACUUUUUUUACUUCCGUAGCCGGUGCAGAGGGAAGAUGUUGCUGAGCCACGCCGAGACUAUAUACUGAGGAAUACGCAGUGAUAAUGUGAUUAUAUGGUACAAAGUAAAGAUAAUGUUUUUAUGAAGCUC